AUGCCACUUAUGGGUAACCCUUCACUCGCAGCUGUAUUGUAUGGUCCUUCAGUAACCUUCAAUGUCAAUGCAGUCACUCAAACUGUCGCCGCGGUGACUCCAAUAGCAACAGGAAGUGUUGUGAAUAUGACGGAAGUCGUUGAAGAGCAAAAAGCUGAUCAAAUGGGGAUGGACAGUACAAUGCCCCGUAAUCUCUAUUUGGCAUUCGCUGGUUUACUCUUACUAUGUAUGAUCAUCUCCCAUCCUCGAUUCCUAGCUCGAUUAUUCGCUUCUCUUCAUUCAUCUUCCAAAACACAGAAAGACACUUCUGUAAAAGUUUAUCCUUACACUCCUGAAUCACUGAAAGCUUUGCAUGUCAAACGGACUCCUGGAGGAGGUGAUUUGAAAAAAGGUUGGUUAUUAAGGAAAGGACAAGAUAAACAAAUACAACUUCAGUCACCACUUAAUACACCUUCAUCUGUUCAUUCAAAAACAGAUUAUUUCGCUUCUCCUGUCUCCGAAAAAGCACUCUCACCUAUAAAUAUCAACGUUCCUAGUAUUUCGUCAACAACUUCAUCUCCUCCAACUUUUUAUCCUCCUCCACAUAUGGUACCAUUGCUUCAUAAUCUACCAUUCCAAUCGACUCUACUCUUGACCCCAUUCUCUCGUCUGCCAAGUCACCUUAAAUCAUACCUCACUCUUCCCCAGUUAUACAUCAUAACGGGAUACCUCAUCCUUACUGCUUUUGCACUAGUAUGGAAAUCUGAUUUAUCACCGCAAACAAAGGACAAAGGCUAUGGAGCAGAUUGGAUGAGAUCAGGCUUAGUAGCGACGUGCCAAAUACCGUUGGUUAUAGCUUUGGGAGUACGAGGGAAUAUCAUUGGUCUCUGCGUCGGAAAGGGUUAUGAGAGAUUGAAGGUUUAUCAUAAGAUAGUGGGAAGGGUAGUCUUUCUCGCAAGCACAGUGCAUGCUGCCGCAUAUAUGUACAAAUGGACGGUCGCAGGAAAAUUUUCGACUUACGCUGCUAAACCCUUUGCUAUGUACGGUCUUCUUGCGUAUUUCGCUUUGGUCCUGAUCGUGAUCACAUCCUUACCUUGGGUCAGGAAAGCUUGGCACGGUAUCUUCGAGAUAUGCCACUUCGUUGGAAUCGCGGGUCUGCUGGUUGGUCUUGCUCUCCAUGUUCCAGUUGCUAUUCCAUUCUGCAUUGCAGCAGCGAUCAUCUACCUCAUUUCCAUACUCUGUUCCUUGACAAAGACUCGACUAGCUCAUGCUGAGCUUCAUGCUCUGCCUGGCGCUGCUACCACUGUCGUCACAAUUCCCGCUCUUCGAUCCGGCUGGAGAGCAGGCCAACACGUCAGAAUCCGAAUCCCUGCUUUAGGUCCCUCCAAAGGCUUCGAAUCUCAUCCGUUCACCAUUGCCUCUGCACCAGAUGGUGAAGGAUUGGUCCUCAUGUGUAAGAGAGCUGGAGAUUGGACUGACAAACUAUAUGAACUGGCUCAAAGAUCGUCUGAUAUCGAGGAUAGAGCUGAAGGAGGUAAAAACAACGCUACUGUUAUCCUUGAAGGACCGUAUGGUGGACUUGGAAAUACUUUACUGCCCUCGUUCUCGUCUGUAGUCCUAGUAGCUGGAGGAUCUGGAAUCACUCAAGCAUUGGGAUUAGCGCAUGACCUAGUCUCUCGAGCACCUACAGGUGUUGUGAGGGCUCGAACGAUAGAUUUGAUCUGGAUGGUUCGGACUGAAGACACAGCUAAGCCGUUGAUGGCUACAUUGCUCGAACUUGUGGACGAAGCUAAACAAUGGGAGAUGCAGUGUUUGGACGGUAGAAGGAAAGGAGAGAAGAGACCCGUACCAACUGCUUUACGAGUUAAAAUAUUCAUCACUCGUUCUCCUGCAAGUUCACCAUUGAACCUACUUCCAGAAAUAAACGAUUGGAGGAUCGAACAAGAUAAAUCCAUUAAAUUUGGUUUUGGAUCCGGAUUCGGACAUGAAGAUGGAUUGAAGAGACAACCUUCAGCAGCUGAAAAAGAGAAAUAUGAAUACUUAUUUAGGAAUCCAUCUACAUCAUCAUCUUCGACAUCAGCUUCAACGAUAUCAUCGAUAUCUACGAUGAGACAUGAUUCACCAUUAUCAACUAUAUCAGUGAAUCCCAUCAGACCAGAUUUCAAUAUUUUCUUAUCUUCAUUAGCGGAUGAAACGAUUUCAAGAUAUGGUAAAAUGAUGAUAGAUCCUUCUGGAAUAUGUGUAACUGCAUGUGGACCAAAUGGAUUAGUUGAAAAUGUCAGAAAUUCAGUUAGGAAUCUUCAGGAUUAUAAGAAAAGAGGUUGUGGUGGGAUUGAAUUUGAAGAAGAGCAUUUUGGUUUCUGA